GGAAGGAUGUGAGUGAGGUCUGAGCUGGCGUGGGAACCCCAGGGGUCCCAGUUCCUGGCCAAGGGAAUGGCAGCUGGAGUCGGGAGAAAGCUUUGCAUGGACAGCUCUCCAUCAAGAGUGGUGGCAGCUCUUCCAAAGUCCCUGGCUUUGAGUGUGGACAGAGUGAGGCCUGUCAGCGGAGGCCAACGUAAGAAGAGAGAAACAGUGUGCCUUUCUUCCUCUCGGGAGCUUCACCUGCUCUGUUCUCUUGGUGAAUCCAGCCAGGUUAUCUUUUGGUGUCUGGGGCAGAAGUCUAAGUGAAGGUGAAUAUUUAACCACCCUCAAGGGCAGCUGAUAAUCUGAAUAAUAACAGAGGCACAGACUUAGGGAACUAGGACUUCAGAAAAAGAAUCCCGCCAGAGCUUCCCUGACUACUAAGAAGAGCACAGAAGCUAGGGAGUGAGAGGUUACCCCCUGGGGAAUGGAUGAGUUUAAAUGUGGGCUUUCUUAGCAGGAGAAGGCACUUUGUAAAAGGUAUUUCAGAAAAUCACCCCCAUCACGGUUGGGUUUGGUACCUACUCUACAAGAAUGAAACCUCUGAAAGACAGGAGGGGAGUAAAAUCUCAGACUCAGAGAAGGAGUCGGAAAUACGAAGCUGCUGCCGCCCUCGGUGUAACAUGUCCACCCUCCAGUUACCCUGAGGGCCACCCCGUGUCCCACUGCCACCCGGAGGUCAGAGCUGAGGGUGACCAGCUCCAGCUAGUCAACAUGGUGGACAUGGAGAGCCCCAUCUGCCCCCUCUCUCCGCUCGAGGCUGAUGGCCUGGAAAGCCCGUUAUCUGAAGAAUUCCUACAAGAGAUGGGAAACAUUCAAGACAUAUCUCAGUCCAUCGGGGAGGACAGUUCUGGAAGCUUCAGUUUCACAGAAUACCAGUAUUUAGGAAGCGGUCCUGGGUCAGAUGGAUCUGUCAUCACAGACACCCUCUCUCCAGCUUCGAGUCCCUCUUCAGUUAGUUACCCUGUGCUUCCUGGCAGCGUGGAUGAGCCUCCCAGUGGCACACUGAACAUCGAGUGUAGGAUCUGUGGGGACAAGGCCUCGGGCUACCACUAUGGGGUCCACGCAUGUGAAGGCUGCAAGGGUUUCUUUCGGAGAACCAUCCGGCUAAAGCUGGUAUAUGACAAAUGUGACCGCAACUGCAAGAUCCAGAAAAAGAAUCGGAAUAAGUGCCAGUACUGUCGCUUCCACAAGUGCCUGUCCGUUGGGAUGUCACACAACGCAAUUCGUUUUGGACGAAUGCCAAGAUCUGAGAAAGCAAAAUUGAAAGCAGAAAUUCUUACCUGUGAACAUGAUGUAGAAGAUUCUGAAACUGCAGAUCUCAAGUCUCUUGCCAAGAGAAUUUACGAGGCCUACUUGAAGAACUUUCAAAUGAACAAGGUCAAAGCCCGAGUCAUCCUCGCGGGAAAGACGGGCCACAAUCCACCUUUUGUCAUCCAUGACAUGGAAACGUUGUGCAUGGCUGAAAAGACUCUUGUAGCCAAGAUGGUGGCCAAUGGCAUCCAGAACAAGGAGGCCGAGGUCCGCUUCUUCCACUGCUGCCAGUGCAUGUCGGUGGAGACCGUCACAGAGCUCACGGAGUUCGCCAAGGCCAUUCCAGGCUUUGCAAACUUGGACUUGAAUGACCAAGUCACUUUGCUCAAAUAUGGCGUUUAUGAGGCCAUAUUCACAAUGCUUUCCUCCAUGAUGAACAAAGAUGGGAUGCUGGUGGCAUAUGGCAAUGGCUUCAUAACACGGGAAUUCCUGAAAAAUCUGAGAAAACCUUUCUGUGACAUCAUGGAACCCAAGUUUGACUUCGCCAUGAAGUUCAAUGCACUGGAGCUGGACGACAGUGACAUCUCCCUUUUUGUGGCUGCUAUAAUUUGCUGUGGAGACCGUCCUGGCCUUCUCAACAUAGGACACAUUGAGAAAAUGCAGGAGGGCAUUGUGCACGUGCUCAAACUCCACCUGCAGAGCAACCAUCCGGACGACGCCUUUCUCUUCCCAAAGCUCCUUCAAAAAAUGGUGGACCUCCGGCAGCUGGUCACAGAACACGCACAGCUCGUGCAGACCAUCAAAAAGACAGAGUCGGAUGCAGCUCUGCACCCUUUGCUGCAGGAGAUCUACAGGGACAUGUACUGAUCUCUGUGAAUGCACGGCAACCACUUUUCAAGGAGAAAUGGGAGCAGCAUGGAUUUGCACAGAUUUCCAGCCUUUUAGUCUCAGACACUGGGAAGCCUGAGGGCUGGGUGACGGUAAUGCUCCUCUCCACGUCUUCCCCUUCUCCAGCAGUACAUCUAAGAAUGUGCCUAGUACUCAGGCGCUGGCGACAGGGUGAACAGUCCGCACUUGGAGAUUAAGGGGAGUGAUGGUACAGGGUCUGAUUUUCACCAGCCCAGUGUUAAUCGGUGCACAUAUCUUUAUAUCACAUUAGUAAUUUGCCAUUUGAUUAAUGAGUAACCUCAAAAUACCUGGUCUUUCCCUUCUUCCCACCCUUUUGACUGUUGUACUCCUUUAUAAUUUGGAAAACUAAUCAGCACUUUUUAACAUUUAUAAUCCUAUAAAUCUAGAUAUAGCCAAAGGUUACAUAUUUAAAAAGCAGUGAAAUAUUUAUUUGGAAGACUUCAGUUCCAUUUCCUGAAUUGCAAGAAAGACAGUGGGCUGGUUUUUAAUCAUAGGAUUGAGAGUUUUCAAGAAGGAUUUGAUGAGCUAUGGAGAUCUGGCCAUUGUGUCCUUUUGGCUCACCGUUUUCAUGGUCACAAAUCAUACGUUGAAAAGCCCAUUUCUGGGUGGGUGUGGAUGAUCCCAAGACCUCCCAAGACCCGCGGUGGGCUGAGGCUGGUGUCUGGUGAGCAGGAGGGGCCCUCGGGGAGUGUUCUCCCCCACCCCCCACUCCUGUCAACCUGCAUUCAGUCAGGCUGUUUGCGGGUGUGAGAUCAGUUUUAGGGACAAACUGACGAGUGUUGUGUCCCUCUGGCCCGUUCGGCAGUCCCUUUGUCAUUUCUUGCAUUGCCUUUUAAAAUAUGAUGGUUAAUUUUUUUUUUAAUUGGAGAAGCUCCCUGGAGUGAAGAUGAGGCAAAUGUGCCUUUGUCACCUGGGCAGGGUGGUCCUGGAGAACAGGGCAAGGUGUGGUGUCCUGCAUGGGACAGUCCUGCCUGCUCUCAGAUUUCACCAUGGUUGAGUUUUGUUUGGUUUUACUAAAGACCGAGAUAGGCAAGGCUUCUGUUCCUACUACCUGUGUGAGGCAGUGUUCUCAAUGUCUAAAACAUUGGUUUUGCCCAUUAUUUGUCUAGAAACUACAGUCCUGGAGGCCUUUCCCUCUGUCCACCAGGCAGGUGACGCACAUGGAGAACAUCCGGCAGUUGCUCCAGCCAGAGGUGGGCUGAGCCUGCUAUAUCACUGCCUCCUCUCCUCGGGGUUGUGCACAUCUAAGCCCUGGCUGGAUCCUGUGUACCACCCCCAUCUUUAGGAAAUUUGGUUUUUCUGAGGUUAAUGGUAUUUGUUGUUCAAGAAUGAGUAGGAUUGGUCCUGAUAAAGUUCCUGGGAUCAGCACUGGGAAAAGGCACCAAUAAAAAGGACUGGGGAUUUCAGCUAGAAAACAAGUGAAAAUUUUGGUUCAAACAUCCUUUUUAAAAAUUACAUUUAUCCCUAUCUUUUUUCUUUUUUAAAAAAUAUGAUCCAGCUGGGGAUGUGGCUCAGUGGUAGAGCACUGGCCUAUCAUGUUCGAGGCCCUGGGUUCAACUCCCAGUACAAAAACAAAUAAAUAAAUAAAUUAAAUAUGAUCCAAAGGAUCUGUUGACCACCAGCAAGCAGUCUGCCCAAGUGUCCUAGGAAUCAGAAGUCCAGAGAAAAGUAUUUCCGUGUCUGGUCCCACUCGGGGGUUGGCCUCACUGCGAGGGAAGCCAGCCUUCAGGUUGCAGGGCACGGCGCAUCAGUGUUGUUGCCUAUGCGGAGAACGCCCACUCUGAGAUGCCAAGGCUGCAAUUCAUUUCCUUGGUUCUCUUAGGCCCAGCAAGGUGACCAGUGAUAUCCCCAGUGGAGCUGGAGACCACAGACCUCUGCCCAGAAGUCACUUGACAUUGUUCACCUCUGCUAAUAGGAAGGAAAAUCACAUGUCCCAUCUCAGUAUCAGUCCCUAAUGGCCACGCAAUGCUGAAUGUCUUGGAUCACUUAAUCAAAGAUUUCUCAGGGUAUCAAUAAUCCAGUCUGGAUGAUCAUGCACCAGAUGGCAGCACUUGAAUAGGAGCAACCAAGAGUGCACUCACUAUUUGCUAGGUGUCACUGGGCAUCAGCAAACAGUACAGCAGAGACGUGUGUGACAGGUCAGGAACCUCUAGACCACAUGGGUGGCACCCACUUCCUCAGGCAGCAAACAGAAAAUCUCCAACUUUCCCAGUUCUUCACUUUCUCGCCUUUGAACAGUAACAAGUGCCAGACUCCCAGACUGCACAUAACCCUUGUGCCCCAGAUGCUGAGUAGAAUAAGGCACAAGCAGGGGUGCAGCUGAGAUUGUAGGGCUCACAGCCAGAUGGGACCCUCUCUGCUCAGUGAGUCCCUGUUCUCCUGCCUCCUGGUGUUCCAGCAGAGCUUCUGGCACACUGAAUGUUGUACCUACCAUCCUUGGGAAACCUGAGCGCCUGUGGGCACCAGGCCAACGGGGUGAGUGCAGAUCGUCUUAAUUAGAGGCCUCCAGUUAUGCCAGCAGGACUCACAGCAGUGCCGUCCUCAGAGCGCCAGCCAGCAAGCUAAGCUGGUCCUUUCUUCCCACCUUGCUGCCUGUUCCCCAUGACCUCCACACAGUUCAUUGAUAAGUUUAAAGCAUCUUCCUAAAGAGUGUGUGCCCACACAAAUGAAAUUCAACGUGAAGUGGUUGAGAAAGAAACCCAGGACUUGGCACACUCAAGAAUGCCACCAGAGCUGUCCCUCUUCUUAAGAGCUAUGAAGGUACCUUUCUGCUGGUGCUGAGGCCCUUCUUAACACUGGGCCAUUUAAGACCCUGAAGGAAUGGAUCACCUCUGGUAUCAUGUGGAGGGUCCAGGGACAAUGCAGCAUCCCCAGAGAGGCCUAGAACCCCAAGGCACUAGGAAAAUGUUUGACAGAAGAGACAAGUGAACGACUCAGUUGGCAAACGCCUCCUGUUCAUGGAGCAGCUACCUCAAUAGGCGUGCCCAGCCCCACUGCUGGAGCUAAGGCGGGCAGAACCCUUGGCCUUUCUGGCAUCUCUAUACCAGUCGGUGCUGUCAGGGUUCCUUGAUGGCUCACACACCUCUGACUGUCGCACACAAGGAGAUGGCAGACCGUGUGACUUUCUAAAGGCAGUUUUGUUGUUUAACGGAAGUCUUACAGAGGUCCAUGUGUAACAGUUACUGCCCGCACCUAGAGAAGCUAAGACUGAGCAAGACUUGACGGCCCUGCUGCAGGAGCCCUCCCUCCUGCUGACCACAAUAAUCCAGGCCCUUCUGUAGGAGAGACCCUGACAGACGCCUCCCUCUGCUGUCACUUGCCUCUGCAUUCCUCUGUCCGACUCCAAGCGGUUCCCAUUGUAAGCCCCUUCUCAACCUACUGUGACACGGGGCAUAUUUGCUACUUAGCAGCCGAUGCCUAAUGGAGGGGAAUUUUUGUCCUGGCCCAGUGGCCACAGGUGUCUGUGUUGAAUCUGGUUUAAAGAAGGAAAGUCUAUGCUUCCAGCUGAGAGUGGCAUCUUGUCAGAGGACCUCUGGCCCCUUCGAAGGACUUCUUCAACCCAUGUCCUCUCAACAUGCUCAACACCGAGCCUGCAGGGCGGGCUCCCGUGGCCUCCUCCCUCUGCAGCCCCUGGAGGGGACAGAUGCAGAAUCUGCCUCCAUUUUAAAUGGAAACAUCCAGACUGGGGAGGAAGGGUGUGGUGCCUGUCCACCUUCCCCGCCUCCUCCAUCCUACCAGGGACAACAAGCUAGCUGGAGUCCCCUGAGUCUCCAGGACCUGGGAGGUCGCCCUUUGCUCAGCCCACGUUCCUGCGGCUGAAGCUGCCGACUGCGGUGGCCUGGGGACUUGAGGCAGUGCCCUGAGGAGUUACCUCAUGAGUCUUCCUCUAAGUUAAGGAUGUGGUGUAGACUCAAGGUAGGCAAGGGCAUCAUACUUUCUAGAAGUUGCAAGUCAACUUGAUGCCACUGAGCUGAUUAUGAAAAGGUGUCCCAGGACGCUUGUUUCAGUGUGAUGCUGGCACUGCCAUGGGGGGGGGGGUUGUCUUUAUUUGUCACUUUAUAAGUAGCACUAAGAUCUGGGCAGCUGCACAGGCACACUUCUGACCAAUGAGUCGUCAUCACAGGGGACUUGCAUACCUUCCCAGGGACAGGGACAGUGAGAGCUGACAGUCUAGCCCAUCUUCAGACAUCACGUCCACAGAUAUUACAGAGAAAGCUCUAAGGCAGCUCAGCUUUGAGCAGCAAACAAAGGGUGGUGACAGAUAGGUCUCCAUCUGCCUCCGCUGUGCUGGUGACAGCCGGGGACCUCUUACCAAGGGAUCUUCUACAUCACUGACUCAUCACCUGGCCUUUCUCCAAGUCAUGUACUCCUCCAAGACCUUCUAUCUAGAAAUAUCAGAGAGCUCAAAGGUUGGUGUCUAGGUUUUUUCUGGGACACACACACACACACACACACAUAAUUAGGUGCCAUUUUAAUAGAAUUGAGGAAAAUUCAUUGCCGCCCCCCCACACCCCGCCUGUUAAGCAGACUAGGGUAGGAAUUAGAGCAAUAGAUUUGGUCUGGCUAUGAAUGUAGGAGGCCAUUUUAUUUCUUUAAAGUCACACUGAAAUGUGAAAUUGGAAAUUUUGUUUGAAAACAGAUAAGGACCCUUAUGCAUGCUCUGGCUUAAUGACACACAGUGCUGUCCCUGGGGCACCUCAGUGGGCUGCAGCGAGUUCUCAAACUUUACUUCAGCAGAGCUGCAGGCUCAUCAGAAAAAGGUGGUGUGUGGCCCCUCCUGAGAGGGCAGGGAGAGGCUGCUGUCCCCUUGUGAGUAGCCCCAGGACCCCUGAGGCCUCUCAGAGCUGGAGUCCCGUUAGCCGCCCACUUGCUUCUCAGAGUCUCAGUCUGAGACAUGAGAAACCUAAUGGGUUCCUUUCUCCCUAGAGAGCCCCUCCUGGGAGGGAAGCCGGGCUACUCCCCCACCCCCCACUCCCGUGGUCCCGCUGAGAUACAUGUUGCCAGAUCCUCUCCGAGUUCUCAGCCAGCGAGUACGACCCAGUGGUGUCCAUCCACACCGCAGUGGGAUCAGGGCACCUGACCACGACCAGCACUUAAUGGCCCUGCAGCUGUUGAUGGCAAAGAGAAACAAGGAACGUCCAUUUUUACUUCACAGACAGCGCAGUGAGACCUGUGAUGUUCUGUUUUGUUUUAAAGUUUGCCAGUCGGCUAAACAGUGAAAACCUCCAAGGUUUUUUCUUGAGAAGAGAGACCAGCCUCCUGCUCUCACUGUCUUCCCCGCCAUCACAAGUCCCUGAAUCUGAUGAACUGACAUGGCACCAUGGAUGCCAGGCACAAGCCAGCCCUGGCACCACCGUGGUGCUGCCUAGGACAAGCGGUGAGGCCAGCGGCAGGGGUGUGUGAGCUGCCGUGUCCCAAACUGCAAGGGACCCUCUCUCCACCUUCCCCGAACCCCUGGGGCCUCACCUCUGCCUUUAGUCAGGGAGGAUGGGCUCUGGCCCUGGAGAUCGCCCAGUGGCUGGCCUUCUGGAGAGUCCAUCACUUUUGGAAACUUCAUUCUUUAAAGACACAGUCAGUUCCUUUUCCAGGCCUAAAAUGAAAUAUACCUCACAAUAAGUGAACACCACGUAAUGCCCUUCUUGGUAAGGUUACAGUAUUACUCAUGUUGAAUGCCACUACCUUAUCAACACUGUAUGGUAAAAAGAAUCACGUCAAUAACUGUAUCUUAAAUACUGUGACUUGAGUUUUCAAAAAAAAAUCCCAAUAUAACCAGCGUGAUGGCACACGCCUAUAAUCCCAGAGGCUUGGGAGGCUGAGGCUGGAGGAUCACAAGUUCAAAGCCAGCUUUCGCAACUUAGCGAGGCCCCAAGCAACUCAGCAAGACCCUGUCUCCAAAUAAAGUAUAAAAAAAAAAAAGGCUGGGGAUGAGGCUCAGUGGUUAAGCACCCCUGGGUUCAAUUACAGUACCAAAAAAAAAAAAAAAAAAAAUACAAACAGCUAACUUGCAAUCAUACAUCUAACAGCAAACAUUUGUUUUCUUAAAUCAGCGUUUGUGAUGUACAUGCUUAAAAGGCUGACUUGUGAACCUACUGAAAAUGAAGCUGAGACAAAACAACUGAAAUGCAAUUGCACGCGCACACACGCACACCAGUUUUUCUCUUCUGAGCCAUGCAGGCUUUAUCUCAGUGUGUAGAUCCCCCUUCAGCAUCCCCUACAUGCAGAAGUGCAAGUCUGUCUUUAUGCAUUUCUACCAGCAAAGCCUCUGCAGACCCCAGGUUGCAGGUCACUUCAUACUAGUGUUCUGAUUGGACCAUUGUGUAUUCCUGCUUGGUAAACAGCUCCUGCUCUUCAGGGCACCACCUAUGGGUUACUACCAAAGAGCUCUAGCCAUCUGGAACACUAUUGUUUGCACCUGCAGGUUCUAUGGUGGCCUUCGAUGGCCCAACCAGAAGCACAGAGCCUAGGAGCCUCCCACACGUCCUUUUCAGUUUCUUGGCCAAAUUUCUUUGUGGUGUAUAUUUUUGACACCCACAGGGAUCCACCGUGCUGUUAUGCUAAAACCCUGGGGAGAGCGUUUGCCAGUCAUGGUUACUGCUCCUAUGUGCCUCUCGCCCUCAGUGCUCGGGCUCAGAGCCCUCUCCUCGCUCUAGUAAAUGCAGUAGUUUCAAGUUGGAAUCAUCAAGCUGGCUCCAGGGUCCUCCCCAGGUAUGGGGACAUCCAGGACCUCAGGAAUCCAGGGUGUGCACAGGAAAGCAGGUGUCAUUUUUCUAGUCAUGGUAACUGGUUCCAGGUGAUGUGGAAAUGGCUAUAGCAUGGCCUUAAUUCUUUUAGAUCUUGGGUCUUCACUUUCCUCUUAGGAGAGUGAACUGACCACACUCGUUGAUCUGUUUCCUGAAUUCAUGAGAACUUAGGUUUGGAAUGUCCUACUGUAAGACUGGUGAAUGUAAAAGGUUAAUUUCAGGGCACAGUUUUGCCUUAAUGGUUUUAAAAAAUAAACUAUUUUUUAAGAUUA